AUGUGUAACGAGGUAGAAGAACAAACAGUAAGCACAGAGUGCUGGUACAUCUUCAUUUCUGUUUUCAGAUUUGAUAAAAUGUCCUCAACAUGGAUCAAAUUUCUUUUUAUUCUGACUUUGGUACUUCUUCCUUAUUUUGUUGCAGAGUCUGCUGUUGCAAGUCCAGAGAGUCUUAGAAAAGUGCCAAAUUGUACCUUGUAUAAGAGUGAAUCUGACUGCUCCAGAACGCUGAUCCCAGUUUGUGCAGAUAAUCAAAUGACAUAUUACAAUGCAUGUUACUUCUGCCUAGAACAAUUAGUAUCACCAAUUAAAUAUAAAUACCAUGGUAUUUGUACUAAAGAAUAAUGGUUUCAUGGUGGUUCAUGCAAUCAAGUGGAAUGUUCUCAACUGGUGGCUUAAAUUCCUAAUCAACAAAUGAAUUCGUCUAUGAUUCAUAAUGUGGCGUAGAGAAGAUUAAAGAAUCUUUCCAAUGUGAACCUGAGAUUAAAUAAUAUUGAAUGAGAGUUGAACAAGAAACAUUUUCUCAGGUUGCCAAAUGUUUAGUUAAGAAAUUGAACCUACAGGAAGAAACAUAUAUUCACACUAAAAGAUAAUUUUCCUCUGUUAUAUAUACAUGUUAGGCCUGUUUUAUUUUCAAUGAUUUGAUGGUGAUAUAAAUACCUAUUAAUUUUUGUAUUAUACUACAUAAACUGUGAGUUUUAAUCAUAGAUGUUCUAAUCAAUAAAAUGUUUAAUAAUUUCAA